AUGAAGCUCAGCAUCUACCUCUACCGAUUCAUGGCGGCCCGCGUCCGGAAGGGCAGUAGCUUCGCGUCCGGCGCCGGAUGUUUGUGGCGCCAGGAGGAGGUAAUCCGGCGACUCUUGGCCAAUGACGAUGUUAUUGAACUUUACAUGCCCUUAAAGACGGUUGUUUGGCCAUUUGUGAUCGUUAAUAUCAUUGAGAUGAUAUUCAAGGGGCUAUGGGAUGCCAAACUUGACGCUUGUGUUCUAGCGAAGCUGCAUGCUCUGUGGUUGAGUUCGCGGUGA